GUCUUUCAUAAUUUCUUACACCCAGAUUCGUUUCUUUACUCAUUUCAUUCCCUCUGAUUUAGCCACCCACCCACCCAACUCCAACUCUUCCCCUACAUACCAAAAAGUCUUACUCAUUCUCUCCCCUUCUUAAUAAGACCUCUUUUCCUUCUUCAUUUUUAUCAUUCUCAUUCUCAUUCUCAAACUUUCUCUCUCAUUUCUCUCACUAACAGCAAUCACUAAAUGGGUUUAGAUGAUGGAUGUAGCACUGGCCUUGUGCUGGGUUUAGGUUUCACGGCAACACCUAUUAAUCAGAACCCUUCAAAACCCAUAUCUAAGAGGCCACCACCACCCUUUGAUCCAUCUCUUACUUUGAGUCUUUCUGGCGACUUUUAUCACGGAGUUGCUACCAAAAAGGGUAGUAUUAUUGAUGUCAACAAAGGUUUUGAAGAGGCUGCUGUUCAUGACGUCUUUCGUCAAGCUUCUCCUCCUCACAGUGUUGUUUCUUCAUUUUCUAGUGGUAGAAUCAAACGGGAGAGAGAUCUCAGCUGUGAAGAGUUCGAGGUCGAGAGGGUUUCUUCAAGAGUUAGUGAUGAAGAUGAAGAUGCCGUUAAUGCUAGGAAGAAACUUAGACUCACCAAAGACCAGUCUGCUCUUUUGGAAGAAAGCUUCAAACAACAUAGCACUCUCAAUCCUAAGCAAAAACAAGCUUUAGCAAGGCAGUUGAACCUUCGACCAAGACAAGUGGAAGUAUGGUUCCAGAACAGGAGAGCAAGAACGAAGCUGAAGCAAACGGAGGUCGACUGUGAGUUCUUGAAGAAGUGCUGUGAAUCACUGACUGAUGAAAAUAGGAGGCUGCAGAAAGAGCUUUCAGAUCUCAAAGCUCUAAAACUAGCGCAACCUUUUUACAUGCAAUUGCCGGCGGCGACACUUACCAUGUGCCCUUCUUGUGAAAGGAUUGGCGGCGUUGGUGAUGGAGCAUCUAAUAAACCUCCAUAUUCAAUGGCUGCAAAACCUUCUCACUGCUAUAAUCCCUUCGCCAAUUCAGCAGCUACUUGUUAAGUUGUCAAAUAGGAUUAAUUAGGAUAAUCAAACAGGAAUUGAUACAUAGAACCCAGAACCCCUUCUAUUUUUUUGUUUUAAGGGUUGUAGUGAAAAAAGGAGUUAGUGUAAUUAAUUAAUUAAUUGGUAGAAGAUAGUUAUCAUCAUCGCUGAUCAUCAAUCUCAAUGUUAUGAUCAUAUCUAUUUACAAGAAGUUUGUAAAUUUUUAAAACAAUUAUAUAUUAUCGGAAUUUGCAUGUUUUAUUGUUUAUUUUA